CUGGAGAGUCAGAUCUGAUGGUUGUGAUGCGUUAAAAUCGAACAAAGCAAUUCCAUAGGGAGUAUCAAUGUCGGAUACGUUUUUUGGAGGACUGGGAGGCGGAAUGCUUGGCAUUGGAGGCGAAUCAGGGCCCUUUAAGCCAAUUGCCAACAUUUCUAAAUUAUUUCUGGAGGGUUUUUUACUUCCCUUGGCACGUAUAAUCGUUGGUCCCAGCGUUGUGUUCGUUGAAACAUGACUGACAAAAGAGUUCGUAGGCCAAUUUACGGGCAAAUCGAAUUCAAAACUCUUCUUGCUUGAGGCUAAGCUGCUUGUGCUGCUGCUAAACGAGCUGGACACACUCCCGCCAAAUUGCUGGUUUCUCUCGACUUUGGGGGAACUCGGGGGGCUCCAAUCGAUCAAAUUUUCUUGUUGAUUUAGCGAUAUUGUCGACUUACUUUUGAAUUUCGUAAAGUUCGGAGGUGGAGGACGUGGCGGAGGUUUUUUUCUAUUGUUAUUUUUCUGUUUUUGCGUCGUAAACAUCUUUUCUUUACGGGGUAUUGCGAAAAUCUAAUGCGAUUUGACGGAAGUGUCAGUUUUGAUUAAUUUUGACGUUGUGUCUAAAGCAACUACCUUCAUAACAAUAAUUGAAAUUUAUAUUGACAAAUAUAUCUAAAUAAAACAUCCCAUUGCUUUUAAAUGCAUUAUAUAUGAUGUAUUAAUAAUAAAAAAUUAAUAAAUAAUAAAUAAAAAACAUUUUUUAUUGUCUAAAGUGUCGUUAUGAGAGAAAUGUCAGUUGGACGUAUCUAAAGCAACAACAUUAAUAACAAUAUCCAAAUUUUAUUGAUAAAUAACCACGCAUAAAUGCGGUAUUUACAGCCAUACAUAUUUAAACAGCGCAAUAAAAUUAUUAUUAAUACAUAAAUAAGAUUUUUCCGGUAUCUAAAGUCUCGUUAUGUCCGUUUCUCGUAAACAUAACCUAACAAAUCUGUUGUCAAACAAAAUUUGACACAUUUGCAUUGUUUAUCUAUUUAAAAGCGUAUUUCUUGAUAACAACGAUGAAUCUUAAUGAUGACAGAGAAAAAUUAUAGCCUAAAAUAACGGGGUCGCAUAUAUUUUCAUUAAUUAUAACGAAAUUAUCUAAAAUGAGUUUCAUAGAGUUAAUAGAACGUCAGCGUUCUAAUUUGAAGAACGAAGACUUUGUGGCUUCGUUGUACAACGACAUGCUCACCGAGAAGGAGUGUGAAGAUCAGGAGAACCUUAUACAGUACUUUUUGCAUACAGAGCCCGACCAAGUUUACAUGCAGAACCUUGUAAGUUUAUUAGAGGAGAAUGCAGAGGAAAUUGUUGCCAUGGUCCCCGAUUUGAAAGCUUACUUGCUAACAUUCCUAAAAUUUUGCAUGAGGAAAGAGGAGCCAUGUUAUUCCAAGCAAGUACGAUUAUUGGCUGCUACAUUAUAUAUCAAGUUAAUAUCAAUAUCGGCUGCAAGGGAGAGAUUUUUAAAGAAUCAGUUGCUGUCUUGUUGCAUUACCGUUGCUAUUGAUGUCACAGAUAAGGAAGCUUUAUUACAUCAGCUGGUUAAUGCAUUGUUUAGUCUUGUUGUGGAUAAUGUGAAUGAUAUUAACCCUAUUAUAGCACAAGUGGUUAAUGGGGCAUUUUGUGUAAUUAUUAUAAGAAAUUCCAAGCAACCACUGAUAACAUUUGAUAACACUGAUUUAGUGAGCAAGUGUUUUUUGUAUAUAAAAAAUAUUAUUCAACUGGAAAGGCAUGAUGACGCAUUUAUAUUGGCUACAUUAAGCCCCAUUUUUCAUCCUUUAUUAAAAACAUACUACACUUUAUCUGAAAGUAGCACAACAAUGAUAGUUGUAAGAAAUUUUCAAGUAUUUAUAAGUAAACUCAUAAUACCAAAACUGAAUGAUAAACAACAGAAACAUUUGGUGUCAGCAUUCAUCAAAGUUUGGGACAAUCCUGAUUUCGUGAAUUUUGAUGACGCUGUAUUAUUUCUAAACAAAUUUCCCAUUGACUCUUACACAGAAGCAAUACGUAAAAUGGGUCUAUUUUUACUAUCAAAAAAUCAUGAACCCUUUCAUGUAAACAUGCUUAAUUUAUUUUUGGCAACUCUUUCAAGGUUACCAGAAUUUUCAGAACGCGAAAAAGUACUUUUAGCCUAUGAGCUGGCAUUGAGAUACAAUGUUAUGUUAUGUCAUGAUACAUGUAAAAACCCUAAAAAAGCCAUUGAAAUAUUGUGCAGAAUUUGUCAGUUGCACAGCCCAGCAGUACACAGUAUUAUAUGUAACUAUGUUAAUAAGGAUUCAUUCGAGACGAUAUCUUUAACACCUUUGCUAAGAUAUUUCCUACAAUCUACAAGAAAAAAGUGGGUUUCUGGAGUUACAACAAAUCAAAUUACCACAAUAGUUUGCAUUAUGAUUUCAAAUGCAAAUGAAAUAAGGCAACAAUUAGUCUAUGAAUUAUUGCAUGCUUUAUGUUGGGAUAGCACUCCAUUUUCGUUAAAACCCAGUUUAUAUGUGCUUGAAGAGUUAUUUUUAAAGUUAAAAUCAAAAAAGGAGAAUGUCAUAACAAAGUUAAUUAUGAAAAUAUUUCUUAAAAUGGCUUUGCACACUGACGCCACCUCACAGGAGUAUGUAACGCACAUUUAUAACGCUUUAUUUAGAUCUAAAACUAUAAACAACAUUGUUUUUUCCUGCAAUAAUUAUAUAGAUGCCUUACUUGAAGAGGAGGAACAAUUAGAGGCAUUUUUUGAGAAGUGUACCAAAUUGAGGCUUAUAAAACCUGAACACGUCGAAAUGACAAUAAACGCGAUGGAUUUUGAGAAUGAAGCACAGUUAUUAUUAUUGAAGCACUUGAUAUCUUACACCAAGUACAAAGAAGUCAGAACAGUUUGUCAAUAUACUUUGGCGAAUCUUAGAAAUAUAAUUCUGAGCGAAAAUUUCAAGCAUAUUCUUUUCAUUUACUACACAAUCCUUGUAAACAUGAAAGGCAAUUUUAUGGAGAAUGAGUUAUCUGAAAUGGAGGCGAUUUACUCAAAUUUAUAUGAAUGUGUUGCUCAUCAAAAAAUUCGCAUAGAAUCGUUCCAAAAUGCUUAUGUAGUCUUAAAAAAAUCGCAACUGUAUUUGCAAAUACUUGAUAACACAAUAUUUGAAGACAUUAAUAGGAGUUACAUGGAAAAAUUAGAAUCGGCACUAUUCGGGGAAAGAUCGAUUACCCAAUUAUAUUUUGCCAGUGAGCUUAUGCUGAGGGGCAAAAUUUUGGCUACAGAUAAAUGCAGGAAAAAAAUCGCCGAGUUGACUACAUAUGAAGGUCUACUUCAAAUUAAAGAAAAUGAGCCUGAACUGUGGUUUCCUUUACUACACCUAGCUGAAACUUUAACAAUGAUGAAAAAAUCAGGCAAUUUGGAGCACAUCUUAAGAACAAUUAACAUGAGUAUGAGAUCUGGAAAAUACACCACAACUCAUAAAAUUUAUUUGCUUAAAGUCCUCCACACCCUAUCCGAAGAAAUAACUCGUGAUUUUGAGGAUUUAAUAUUGUACUCAUUCCAAGAGCUGGCCGACGAAGAUAUGGCUCUAAAAAAAUUAGUAUCAACGUUCGUAGAAGAACUCGUAGAAAAAGAAUACUUAAAACUAACAUCCGAACAAUAUUUUCUUUUCGUCAUACCUAUAACUCACCCAGACGGUCGGUAUUUCGUCAAAGAUUUGCUAACGAAAAGAUUCGUAUUUUCCCAAGCGUCGGUAAUAGCGCGGCACUUUGUCAGUUUUAUACUUUACAUGAACGUAUAUAAACAUGAAAGCCACCCAAUUACAGACGACUUCAAGAAAGUUAUCAAAAAAUUAAGGCCCAACAUCGCUGAAGAUAGACAGGAUUGUUAUAACUUUAUGUUUGUUUAUUUGCCUGUGAAGUAUAAAAUGAACAUUUUGACGGAGCUAAACGAAAUUCUCAUGCAGUAUGUCAAUUUGAAGCUUCAACAUACAAACAAAUUGAUACUUUUACUGGAAGACUUACUUUUCAUCUACAAAAUCAGUUCUUAUGUUGAAGAUUGUACAAUAAGUGAGGUUUUUAAGAGGGGAAUUAAAAUAAUAAAAAAGGAAUGGAGGAAGAAUGACACGGAAAACGCAACUGCUGAAUUAAAUAUAAACCCUGACACACAUAAUAAAAUAAUUAAAGUUAUUCAGACCUUAAUGAUUACAUUUUUCUUUAAUGAGGAGGAACAUAGGAAUGUUAGCUUUAGGAAGAAGUUGUUUUAUUUAAUUUUACAUUGGAUUGUUGCUUAUAAACCCAAUGUAUUACAUUCCAUACAACAUAAUGAUGAUGAUGAUUUAAACACGUACUUUAACAAACUUGAUAAAUUUUAUGCCAAGUACAAAGAUGAAAUAAAUCAACACGCAGAGUUUUAAUACGAAGUUAUCCCUUAAAACACAUACCACAUUUCAUAAUUUGGCAAUAAAAAACACCAUUACUAAAACGGAGUAAGAGAGAAACAACUAAAAAGUAUUCUGUUGGCGAGAUCUUAUCUUAUUUUAACUACCAGAACAUGCGGGAUAUACUUUAUUUUAACCAAACUUUUUAUUAAGGGUUUAUAAGUAUCUCAGGCGCAGUGUUGCCAAUCAGCGAAGAAUUCUCCGCUUUUCUGAGUAUUUUAAGGUUGCGGAUAAUUAAUUUUGGCGGAGAACAUGUUUCCCAAUAUUUGGAAGAAAUUUUUUUUUUAUAUAAACAUACUUAUGUAUAUUUAAGUUAACCACCUACUGAUUAAACAAAAAUUAGAAAUAUUCCCCAACACAAAAACAAAACACUUCGCUUUCGUUGGCGAAAAGUACUUUAAGCAAUUUGUGUUUAAUAAUAUUAAUAAUAAUCUUUAUUUCAAAAAUUUGCAUACACAGUGUAAUUACAAAGGGAAAAAACACAGUAUGUACCGAAAAGAAACAUGUCAAAAUAAAAAGGAAACAUUAGAAAUCAAAAUCCAAUCAGACUAUACUUUUAAACAAAAUUAUAGUAUAUUAUGUAUCAAGUUUAAUAAACGCCAUUUUAUACACGAAUUUAAUUAAGGCGAGCUUGCUAGCGAGUGCUUAAAUUAAUGAGUUUAUAGAAAAGUUUAUAAACGAGGUGCAUAUUAUACUUUUUCUACGACAAAUACUUAUUAUUACCUUAAAAUGAUUUAAAUCAAAAAUUUGUAUAGAGCGCCAUCUAUGAAACAAUAGGGAAAUCUGUGUGUCAACGUCAAAUGUCAAAUUUUUUAUUUUUUAAACACAGAUUAUAAAGGUUAUAAAUCGAAUUGUAUUUCUUGAAAAUUUACAGUUUUUUACAGAAAGUAAGUUUGUAUACACUUUGCCCUAUUAUAAGUCACAAUAUAAUUUCUAUUAUGUUUUUUUGUUUUGGUGUUGGGGAAUAUCUCUAAUAUUUGUUUAACAUACCACCAAAGUUGUACUUUUUCAAGUAUCACCUACUGAUUGUAGGAUGCGGAGAAUUUGACAGAUAUUCGGAGAUGUUUUUGUGGUUGGCGACACUGCUCAGGUGCGCACAAUUCCGCGCGCGCGAAUUUUUGCACAUUCGAAAUGCAACUUUGUGCGUAAAUGCUUUGAACAAAUUUUGUGCAAUUGUCCAUGCAAGAUGUUUCAAGGGUAUAAUUAUAUUAUAAAGUGGUCCAUUAUGGAAUGGCCCAUAUAUUUUUGUAUGUUAAUAUAAUAUUGCGUUGUUUAUUUGUAAAUGAUUUUAUGAAUUAAAAAAAUAUUUAAAUAGUUGAAAUCUUUUUAUUAUAAACACAAAUAAUUUUGACAAUAAGGUUAUUUGUUAUAUUCUUAAGAUAUCAUGUAUCACAUCCAUUUAUCACAUACACAUAAAUAUAAAUAAACUAUAAUAACAGAAUGCAUAGUGCAUGCGUAAAUGGUUAUUAUAUUACAUAACAUUACAACAACAGUUUUUAUUUUUUGUACCAAAGUUACUAACUAUCAAAAUCCUACAUAUUAAUCCCAACUAACAACAUCAAUAUAAAAAUAUAUUUAUUAUACAACUGGUUAAAACUAUUAUCCCGUAUCUGCAUAUAUAAAUUUAUAUAUACACUGUCUAUCAUUAGUUAAUAAAUCUUAGCCUAAUUUGUAUAACUUAAACUUGUAAGUUUUUUUGUCUAAACCAAACGUUGAUAUCACAUAUGCAUUCAUAUUACAGUAUAAAGAGUUUUAAAAAAAUCGCGCCUUACUGUCCCAGAACAAAAAACAAAAUUAUUAGUAUCUUAAUGUAAAAAACCGGUGAAUGCAGGAACACAUCAAAACAACUGGUUAUAUAAUGUUUGUAAAAUUAUGAACCGGAUUUAUUGUCAUUCGCAGGUAAGUAAAAUGCAACCAGUUAUUUUGACACCCUAUAUUAUAAGUACUAAAAACUAUGUUAAUAAUGUUAGUUACGUUAGUGUUUCAUUAAUUGUACUCAUCUACUAUACAUGGAAAAUGUUCGACUUAAAAACUGGAAUUAAGUGUUUAUGAUUGAAUGAGAUCUUCUAAUGCCCAGCAUUGUGUGCUUUUCAUUAAAAGUGUAUAUUCAUUUAAUGGACUUAAAAAAUACAGAGGUAUUUGUCGCCGAGAUUUGUUCCCACAUCACAAAAAAAACUAAAACAAUAACAAAAAAAAAAUAGCUGCUAAUCAGGCAGUAAUACGUAAUAAGUUUUCCAGAACAUCACAUGGCAUUGGAAAUAAAAUUUAAAAUAGCUUUAACACAUUCUAUCACAGAACUAAUACCAAUAAAAAUAAGUACUUGUGGUGCUUCCUAAGAAAAUGAUCGCGAUAAUUGUUUUUGCCGCGAAAAUUGAAAACAAGUUAAGUUAAUGCUCAUCACUGUCUGUGUCUAGAGGUAACGCUGUCAAAGAAUCCAUACUGUCGUUCGAAGACACGCUGCUGCGGACGUUCGCGAACUUACCCGAACCGCACGGCUCGUCUUCCUCUGGAGAUGGAGGGACUCUACUUACUUUAAACCUGAAAAGACACGCCUCCGCUUAAAACAGUGGGAACACUCCACCUCAAUAUUUAACUCACCUAUUUUUUGGCGAUCGCGAGCUUUCGGACACUUUGCUAAUUGAAAACCGGGUUUUCGGCGCAGGCGAGGACGUUUGCAGAAGGCUGGCCUGCAUCACUUCCACGUGACGUAGGUCGCAGCUUAAAGACACUUUGCGGGAAAUCAUUUUCGAUAUAUUGUUCGCCACCUCGACCUCGUCGUUCGUCGGUAAACUUCGGUUUAUUGUGCAAAUUUCAUUUAUCUGUUUCACCAGCUCCUUAUAAUCGUC